CACCUUCUCCCCUUGCUUCUCCUUCCCUAGUUUAUCCUGCCUUCCCUUUGCUGCUGAGCUCCCUCCUAGGGCAGGUACCCUGCUACUCAGGAUGAUGCUGUUAUCAAUCCCAGCCUUUUCCCUCCCUCAGACACAAGCUCUAAAGGAGACAAUGGCAGACUGACAUAUAUCCAUGGGGAGGAAGAGUCUGAAUCUUUAGCUGAGUUGCUGGGUGUUGUUUAUCUGUCCUCUCACUCCAUCUGGUUUUGAGAAAGUUUCUACUGUCCGUCUUGGACAGACAGUAGACAAGCUGCAGAACAGGGAACCAGCAAGCACUUAUUGAUCAAAUGAACUUCUGACCCCAGGUUAUCGAUGAGGAAGUUGACUAGGAGGAAUUACAGAGACUUGUCAAAGGGGUGGGGCCACUCUCUCUGUUUGCUGGGCUUUCUUAGGAAUCAGGGUGCCACUGGUGACCCUAUGACUUUCUCUCAGUCACCCCAUUCCCACUUCCUGUCCCAAUUCCUUCUCAGCAUGGCUGUUUCUCUUUCUCCGACCUUCCUUCUGCCCCUGUAUCCAGCCCCCACGCUGCCCCAUCCACUGAGUUGAUCUGGGUUUAGAGAUGAGGUAAAGGAACAUCCAAGGUUUCCUUUUUAUUGGUCAGCUUCCAAUAUGAUGUUCCUGUUCAGUGUGUUUGUUCAAGGUGACCUUUGAGCAGCUCCUACUCCUGGCUGACUGGCUUUGAGCCUCUGCUCUUGUUGCUUGCAAUCCUUAGACUUCAGCUACACAGAGGCAACCCACCCCUGUCUUCAGAGACAGUCCCCACUCCUGUCCCCAGAGACACCUCUAUGUUUGGUCUUUCUGAAUGUCAAGCAACCCUUGUGUGUGAGAAGACCUCUUAAGCUAUUCUUUGUACCUCUGGCCUCUCUCUGCUCCCUGCCUCCCUGCCUGGCCCCGCUUAGGGUUAGCCUCUAAGCCUACACCCCUUAGGUUAAUCCUUACCCCUUAGGUGAAACCCCUGCUGGGGCAAGUCUAUCCCUCUGAAUAGGUGCUGGGCCUUGAUGGCUGAAGGGGUGAAUGGAGUAGUGUCAGGAGAGGAUGUGGUAGUGGAGAAACUCUUAGGUAAGCAGUCAGAAGAGCUUGCUUUGCGCCCGAGAAGGAACUGCUUCCUGGAGCUCUCUUGAUGCCUGGUGCACUUGAUGAAGUUGGAGGCACGAACAUGAGCCAGCCAGAGCGUGACAACUGCUCAUUCGAUUCCGUGGAUAAGCUUACCAGAACCUUGCAGCUGGCAGUCCAUAUCCCCACCUUCCUCCUUGGCCUGGUUCUCAACCUACUGGCCAUCCGAGGCUUCAGUGCCUUCCUAAAGAAGAGGAAGCUGGACUAUAUCGCCACUUCUAUCUACAUGAUCAACUUGGCUGUUUUCGAUUUACUGCUGGUGCUCUCCCUCCCAUUCAAGAUGGUCCUGCCACAAGUGGAGUCCCCCUUGCCGUCCUUCUGCACUCUGGUGGAGUGCCUCUACUUCAUCAGCAUGUAUGGGAGUGUCUUCACCAUCUGCUUCAUCAGCCUGGACAGGUUCCUGGCCAUCCAGUACCCGAUCCUGGCUAGCCAUCUCCGGUCGCCCAGGAAGACCUUUGGGAUCUGCUGCAUCAUCUGGAUGCUGGUCUGGAUCGGAAGCAUCCCCAUCUACACCUUCCACAGGGAAGUGGAGAGAUACAAGUGCUUUCACAACAUGUCGGAUGUCACCUGGAGUGCCAGUGUCUUCUUCCCCCUGGAGAUCUUUGGCUUCCUCCUUCCCAUGGGCAUCAUGGGCUUCUGUUCCUAUAGGAGUAUUCACAUCCUGCUGCGCCGUCCAGACAGCACUGAGGACUGGGUCCAACAGAGAGACACUAAGGGCUGGGUACAAAAGAGAGCCUGCAUCUGGACCAUUGCUACCAAUCUUGUCAUCUUUGUGGUCUCCUUUCUCCCAGUGCACUUGGGCUUCUUCCUGCAGUAUCUGGUGAGGAACCGCUUUAUCUUGGACUGCAGAAUGAAGCAGGGCAUCAGCUUGUUCCUGCAGUUGUCUCUGUGUUUCUCCAACAUCAACUGCUGCCUUGAUGUUUUUUGCUACUACUUUGUCAUCAAAGAAUUUCGCAUGCGCAUCAAGGCCCACCGGCCCUCCACAAUCAAGCUGGUCAACCAGGAUACCAUGGUCUCCAGGGGCUAAGAGAAGGUACCUCUCUCAAGGGAAGGAAAACACAGUCCUAAAUUCUCAUAAAGACCCUCCUGGGCUUGGCUUGGCUUUUGACACUCGCUGAGUACCAUCUCUGUUCUUUAUACUCCUACAACCUUUUCACAUCACCUGGAUGGGUGACAGAUGUCACACUUGUUUUGAGUUUGGUAAAGAACCAGGUGAAUUCUUCAUUUCUAAGUCUAAAAUGUAUGAAGCAGAAGAACCAAAAACAAACAAACAAACAAACAAAACCCAAAACGUAGCUUGAAAAGUCUGUAUCUCAGCUUUCCCAUCUUUCCAUUCUGUUGGAGAGUCUAGAAAGGAAGCGAAAGGGCAGGGAAUUUAGAGUGGUUUUGUGGUGAUUCAGGGCUAGGGAAGAAAUAUGUCUUCAAGAUGGAGCAAGCUUGUACUAUUUUUCCAGUCUCUUCUGAAGCUCUCUUGGCGAUUACCUCACAGAAAUGAGGACAAAGAGGGCUUUUUAAGGGCUGAGAAGGAUUAGGUGGAGGGAGGGGGGCUGUGUGAAGCAGGUUGUGUGGAAACAGGAGACAUGACAGAGCCAAUGGGGACACAGUGGAAAGGGGCAGAGUAGCAAGGGAGUAAAGUAUACCCCGGGAAGGAAAGAGACAUGCUAGAGUUGGAACUGGUGCCCCCUCUCCUAUUGCCAUCUGGUAGCGAUGCUGUCCCAGGACUAAGCAAGAUUUAGCCUAAAAAGAGAGCUCUUUUGAAGGUGGCCAGCCUUCUGACUUGGACAGCCUAGGAAGGAGUGCAUUACACCAGUAUGAAGGGGAUGAGGAAGAGCUGGUCUUCACUUGGUUCAGCUCAACGGUAACAGAAUGAAGUUGUCCUUAUUGUGCCUGGUUGGGUGACUCUAUCUAAGAAGCUGGCCAGGGAUUGGGGGCUGGGAAAGGCUAUCUUCACCAAGCAGCACAAAGGUCUGCAUUUGAGGAAGGUGGUAGGGCCUCACCAGUUCCUGGAGGGAAAUGGCAGACAGCUGAACCAGCGUGGGAACCUUCAUCGGCUCCUCUGGCUCAGGAGAAGGAGCUCCCAGCGACAGCUGAAAGCCUCACUCUCCAUGGCUCAGCCGUAGGAGAGAGUAAAAUAAUUAGAAGGAUAAAUUGUGGGGUGUUUUUGCAAGACGGAAGGAGUGGGACAGGAAGAAUCCCAGGAGACUUCGUGUGCUUUAGGAAGAAAAGCUAACUAGGUAGAAUAUCCAGGGUCAGAGGCCAGGGGUGGGAUGAGCACAUGGGGAGGGGCAGGGGAAGAUGGAACUGUAGCUAGAAUCUGGGAGCUGUCCACAGAGCAGAAGAUGGAGGUGUGGCAAGAUGUAGGGGAAAAGAGGAAUGGGAAGGGGAGGAAGAGAAGGGAGGAAGGGAAAGACAAGGGAGGGAAAGAAGAGGAGCAAGAGGAAGGCAGACGGACAGGAAGGAUGCAUGGAGGGGAUAGGAAAGUUAAGUAGGGAGAGCAGCUUCCUCCUGUGAGUCUAGCACUUCCACUCCACUGGAAACCAAUGAAGGGUAGGCACUUCCAGGCAUGGUGGCUGUGGCAGUGUUCAGUGUGGAGCCACCUGAAGGAAUAGUUAAGGAAGAGAGAGUUAAGGACCGGCAGUGGCUGUAGGGGAGUGAGGACCAGGACCAGAGCCCCAUCUCAGGGCUGGGCCUCCAGGGACCCAUUGGUGGCGAUUCAGGGCUAUGCAGACCUGAGAAAUGAGGUUCCCAGCCUUGGAUGCUGUUUUGUCCCAUUGCUGUCUUGGACAGAGAUAAUACCUGUGACACCGGGAUAGACAGCUGCUUCAGGUUCACCCAUGAGUGGGGUAGGUCUUGGAACCACCUCCUCUGUGUUCUCUCUGUAAAAGGAGCUGUUCACCCAUCCAACAGAGUCAAGUGGUCCCCUCCAUGUGCAAGUGUGUCUGCCAGGCAAGAUGACCCAGAGCAAAGGCUUUAGUAGGCUGAAUAGCCACCUUCCCCAUGGAUGACCAGAGCUAAAACCUGGUGUGUGUAUAGCAACGCUCUAUGCUGGAAAGAUCUCUAGGUCCCAAGAGUACCAUUACCAAAGAGGGCAGGAAAUCUAAAGCCAUAAACUGGGGAAAGGUAAGGACAGGGCUCCUGGAGUUGUACAGCUGUGUCUCAGAUUGGUGACCCUGGACCAGGAGAUUGGGGGUGGGGAUAGGGUUUGAGAACCCACUGAUUCAUCCCAAAAUAGUGAGUGAAGGAGACUUGCCUGGUGUGUGUCACCAGUCCAAUGGUGGCUCAAGUGGCAGUUGGCUCAGCAGUACCAGAAAUGGGGAGGAUCACUGUUAGUGUUGAAGUACAGCAGAAUGCAGCCAGCGAGUGUGGGAAACCCAGCACUUAGUUGUGAAAAAAGCCAGAUUCCUGUUACUAAAGCCAGUGGGGCUAGGAGCUAUUGUUCAGCCAUAAUGUGACCUUAUUCGUACUCAGCCUUGGAAAACCUGACACACUGGCUACACGUACAGCUGCAAGAUCUAGCAAAAAUUAAUUGGAAAACCAAUUCGAUUAACAUGACUGACCAAAUAAAUUCAUACAAUGUACUGUGA